AUGCAGUUUGACACGUGGAUGAGGGCGGAGACAGGAGUCAUGAAAGGCCCCCUUCUCGUCCUUCUGGUCCUCGUGCUGUGCACAGAGCUCGCUCAGAGCCUGCGCUGCUACUCCUGUGGGACCCUCGGCAAAUUUAGCGUUCCCAACCAUUGCCCGACAAGCGAAUGCGACUCAAAUUCCACUGUCUGCUACACAGGCAACCUGAGCAUGAUCGUGAAAGCAGACAUGAUUGAAUUGGAUAUCAGGGGCUGUGUCUCUUCCUGCCAGACACCUACAGAGUUCAUUAAGAGAUUGAUAGCCACAUCUAAAGCUAAAUUUGAAGAGUGGAACGUGAUCUGCUGUGAAAAGGACCUGUGUAACGGGUGGUCCGAGCAAGGCCCAACCCCUGUGCCUUGA